GCAACCGUUCGGUGAACGAGCUCUUGGCUUAGGAACCAGUGCGCAGAAGCUGACGCGAGAGGAGAAGAGAGUCGUCUGAGCAAGGAGAAUUUGCAUCCAUGCGCCGUGCUUAGCUGUCGUCCGAGAAGAAGCGAGCCAAAUCAAACGUGCAACACUGACACCGAUGUUCAGAACAACACGGGCUCCAAUCUGUGCCGUGCUCCUCAGGCUCCAGACGUGCUAGUGUCGGGUUGGUGUGGCGUGCCGUGGAUACCCUCUCCUGGUUGUAUAAUUCUUCUCUCGCUCAGCAGCAGCAGCAGCACGUCCUUACAGCCCUCCUCCCCCAAAAUCUCCACUUUUAUCCAAGCAAAGAGAAACGAGGAAACGGGGUCCCUUCGUUUUUCAGCCUAUUCUAACUAAUACUGCUCCGUUCAGAUUGAUUUUCUUUUACAUGGCGCAAGGGCUAUGCGAGCGGGACGGUAGUGGUUCCGAUUCUGGGUGUGAUACAACCACCGUGGAUUUGGAUAUCCAAGCAACAGCAUCAGCAACAGAGCAUUCGGGGAGCAGUUCCGGCGCCCCCACCACCUUGUUCUCUACCCGGCUCUAUGUCGAGUAAUGGUCGGCUCGUUUUGCUGGAUGCUCCCCGCUUUAUACGGAUCGUCGACGGCAUCUCCUCCAACAGCAAAUUGCCAUUUUCGACGGAAACCCUCCAAGAGCUAGGAGCUACAUAUGGAAACUGGGGACCAGAAUUUUAGGAAAAAGGAAAUCUAGCGGUUGUUUAAUUUGUUCCAUUUCCGUCUGAUUUGUCAGUUAAAUAAUUAAUUUGUCGUGCUUGAUUUGUUUCAUUCCAUCGUUGGUUUGAUUUGUCGAUUUAAAUGCUCGCUCAAUGAUAUUUCGAUUCACCAUUUGACAGAUAUCCUCUAUUUCCUUUUUUAAAUUUCCACUGGACUUUCAUCUACUCAUUUGCAUUCUACUCUCCCUUAUUUGAAAAUAUCUUUCCCUGUCCUUCAUUUUCCUUGGCCCCUCUCUCCCAGCUUUCCCGGUAGAUUUAGACGGACUGGGCUUACAUAUACAUAUUCAAAAACUGCAUAGACGGUCCUACGCGGCAUAUUCUGUCACGUAGGCCAGCUUUAUUAAAAUUCAUUUAAUUCUUUCAAACAUAUUGAAGUGCUUGGCAGACACUGCUGUCUAUACGAGCCUGCCAUUACUCUAACGUCUCCCCACCCCCUUCCACGCUAACCAUUUCAUCUGAGUUUAGCGUUCCUCACAGUGCAGUGUUUAUCCUUUUGAUCCUAACCCAUCAACCUACCUUGCCUGUGAUGUGCAAGUGUUGAACUAUUAAUUUAAGAAACACUGUCAGAGACUCAGUGGCAUUUUGCAACCAGUUGGUCUCGUAUUCAUCAAUCGAUAGAAUAUAUCGAUUUGCCUAUUCAUUUUUAUGAUAUAUCCUCUACAUUAUUUAAGGCCUAAGUAAUUACACGUUAUAUACAAAUAAUAUAAAUAAUCUCAUUGCUUGCUAGCUUUACAGCUCGAGCGUAGGUGUAAACUGUAGCUGUAGGAAAAAGCAGUUGUAGAUUUUUAGCCUCGUUAGGCUAUUGAAGUGGCUAUAUUUCUUCUUGGUAGGAAUAGAAUUAUAUAAGACGAGCAGGCAGACGAAAUAACGGCGCCUCGCUUCCCAACCUCCCUGAAACGUUGACCAAUUUCUCUCUUGCUUGGUUCUCACCCAAACGCAACCAUAAGGUUCCUACCGCAUCCUCCCCCUUCCCCCUCCUUUCGAUCAAAUAUAUCCCAUUUUUUUAGUUUGGUUUGGUCCCGUAAAUUUUCAAAUAUUUACUUCCUAUACAUCAAAAGGAAAGGGGGUCCCCCUUUCAUGGAAUGCGGCAACAUGGGCGUGUUUGACCGCGGAGUUCAGAUGCUAUUGACCACUGUCGGUGCAUUCGCCGCCUUCAGUCUCAUGACCAUCGCGGUGGGCACGGACUACUGGCUCUACUCGCGCGGCGUGUGCAAAGUCAAAUCGGUCAGCGAGAAUGAGACCAGUAAGAAGAACGAAGAGGUGAUGACCCACUCUGGCUUAUGGAGGACGUGUUGCUUGGAAGGAAACUUUAAAGGAUUGUGUAAACAGAUAGAUCAUUUUCCAGAGGACACAGACCACGAAGCAGAUCCCUCAGAGUACUUCUUACGUGCGGUGCGAGCGUCCAGCAUCUUCCCCAUCCUCAGUGUCAUCCUGCUCUUCAUGGGUGGGCUUUGCAUAGCCGCCAGUGAGUUCUACAAGUCCCGCCACAACAUCAUCCUCAGUGCCGGAAUCCUCUUCGUAUCCGCAGGUCUCAGCAACAUCAUAGGCAUCAUCGUUUACAUAUCAGCCAACGCGGGGGACCCCUCUAAAAGCGAUAGCAAGAAGAACAGCUACUCGUACGGCUGGAGCUUCUACUUCGGCGCGCUCUCCUUCAUCAUGGCCGAGAUGGUGGGCGUGCUGGCCGUGCACAUGUUUAUCGACCGGCACCGGGAGCUGCGUGUCGGGGCGCGUGCCGCCGACUACCUCCAGGGCUCGGCCAUCACCCGCAUCCCCAGCUACCGCUACCGCUACCGGCGCCGCUCGCGCUCCUCCUCCCGCUCCACGGACCCGUCGCACUCGCGCGACACCUCACCCGUGGGCCUCAAGGGCUUCGGGGCGCUGCCCUCCACCGAGAUCUCCAUGUACACGCUGAGCCGAAGCGGCGGCGGCGGGGGCGGAGGGGGAGGCGGAGGCGACACCCUCAAGGCCUCGCACGGGACACCCACGGCCACCUACAACUCGGAGAGGGACCACAACUUCCUGCAGGUCCACAACUGCAUCCAGAAGGACCUGAAAGACUCGGCCAACGCCGCCAACCGACGCACCACGCCAGUAUGAAGGGGGGGAGGGGGGUAG